AUGGGCUUUUUGUGGCGAUUGUCGAAAUUCGGUCUCCGCGUGGGUUUGGUGGCCGGAGCGGUAAAGAUCACGUACGACAACGAUAUCUGGUCGUUGAAAACGGAUAAGGGUGCCAAGCUCUACGAAGAGACGAAAGAACACGUGGUACCCGGGACGAUCAUUUAUCGAGAAAAGCUACCAUCACUCGAUGAAGUUGAGACAGCGGUCGGCAAUCGAUGGAAUCAUCGAGUUGAGAGGUUAUUCAACUUCGUCGACAAUUUUCCCUCCUCUGUGAACACGGUGGCGAAUCGUCUAAUCAACAACAAA